CCCUGCCCUCCCCUUUGCUCCUCUACCCCUCGUCAGGUCAAAGGCUGGUGCCUGACACCCCUGCUUGCCCAGUGACACCCAGUACCAUCUGCCAUCCCCAAAGACGCCAAGUCCUCCCCCCCGCUCUAAUCCUGGGCUAGCUGGUGGGUAGGACUCAUGUCCGAUUACUCACAGUGCCAGGAGCCUGUCUCCAUGGUUGCUUAAGUAAGGUUUGAUGCUCCCGGCCCAGCGAUGAUGGGACUGAAAAAGAAAAAGGUUGCCGAGGCCCCGAAGGAGUCUGUGGAUGCGGCCAGGAACACAGAGCCUGCUGUCAGCCAUGUGGCUCCCAUCAACAAGGAGAUCAUCAUGGUUACAGUUCACGGGGCCACGAAUCUGCCUGCAUGCAAGGACGGCUCGGAGCCAUGGCCCUACGUGGUAGUGAAAACCACAUCGGAGGAAGCCAAGGACCAGAGCUCCAACGCAGUCACCUGUGUGACCACAGAGCCUACCCAAGCCCCGAUCUGGGGGGACACAGUAACGGUGGAGAUACAAGCUGAGGAGGCAGGGCAGGAAGAGUUGAUCCUCAAGGUGGCGGACAAGAGAAAGAAAGAGGAGCUGCUGUCCUACACGGUGCCCAUCAAGUACUUGCGUGUCUUCCACCCCUACCACUUUGAGCUGGUGAUGCCCACUGAGCCCAAAAAAGACAGUGAAGACUCAGCCAAGGCCCACCUGUACGUCACGGUCGUCCGGAAGGGUAGCUGCAUCCCCCGCUACAUCGGCUGCACUCACACUGCGCUGGAGGUCUUUCUCCGGGGAGUCAAUGAGCACCUGAUCAACAACCUGGACCCCAUGGUGGUAAUCGCCCGGGUGGUUCCCAACUACCAGGAGUUUAAGGUCAGCCAGGCAAACCAGGACUCAGCCUCCGUGGGGCUGCCCAUCACCCCACUGUCCUUCCCCAUCCCCUCAGUGAUGAACUUCGACGUGCCCCGCGUCAGCCAGAACGGGUGUCCUCAGCUGUCCCAGCCUGGGGGGCCACCGGAGCAGCCACUGUGGAACCAAUCUUUCCUCUUCCAAGGCCGGGAUGGAGCUACGAACUUCUCUGGAGACGCCGCCCUGGUGCUGGAGUACUACUCCUCGGCCUCGGUAAAAGGCAGCAAGCCUUGGAACCUGGGUCAGCCACUGGGCGUCUCCGUGUUGCCGCUCAAGAGCCGUCUGUACCGCAAGAUGCUGGCGGGGAAAGGCUUUACCGGGCUGCGUGUAGAGCGGCUUCCCAUCACUUACACCAACCUGAAAACCAUCAGCGGUGAGGCCCCCACGGUGGAUAUCUCCUUCCGGUUGUUCACCUCUGAGAGACCAGAAAACGUCCUGACCCCCAACAGCAGCAAGGUCCUGCCCAUCCUGGACUCUCAAAUCCUAGAUGAAAAGCUGGGGACCAUCCGGGAGUCUUGGUCCAAGACCAUGGUCAACUCCACGUCCACAGAGAACUCCAACCCGGCUUCUUCACAGGGGGCAGAGGAGGAACCUCUGGGGCCAGAGACCUACAGAGAUGCUGAGAUGAACAACUACCAGCGAGCCUUGCAGAAGAUGGCAGAGGACAUCCUGUCGCUGCGGAAACAGGCCAGCCUCCUGGAGGGGGAGAACCGCAGGCUGCGGAGCCAACUGGCCCAGCAGGAGGCUGAGGAGGAGCAGGGCCAUGCAGCAGAGGCAGCCCAGAGUCUGGUGUCCGUGAAGGAGAAGCUGCUACUGACGGAGCUGGAUGUGAAGAAGCUGCGGGACAAGGUGCAGCAGCUGCAGAACGAGUUGAUUCGAAAGAACGACCGGGAAAAGGAGCUGCUCCUCCAGCAGCAGGUGCCACAGCCACAGGCCAUGCUGCUGAAGCGAUACCAGGACAAGCUGCAGAAGAUGCACGCGCUGGAAGACAUUGUGCGGCACCAGGAGAAGGCAGGUGUUAUUGAAAAGAUGGAGCAGAAGCUGAGGGACUGGAGUGAGGCCCCAGCCCCGGGCAGACUUCCAGAAAAGCCCAACAUGAGCGGCCCCCAGCUCCCCACCACAGGCUAUCCUCUGGGCUCAAAGGGAGAGAACUGGCCGAUGGACAUGUACUCAGUGCUGCUGGCGGAGAACUUGCGGCUGCGGGCUGAACUGGACAAAAACCGGCACCAGUCGGCCCCCAUCAUCCUUCAGCAACAGGCCCUGCCGGUGGACCCCGGGGAGCUGGGAGCAGGAGAUUUGGGACAGAGGCUGCGAGAGACGGCUGGUGCGGGCUACCCCACGGGCACAGAAACCCUGCCUGUGCAGGACCUCCUGUCCAGCAGUUCAGACAAGUUUAACCUGCUGGCCAAGCUAGAGCGCGCUCAGAGCCGGAUCCUGUCCCUGGAGAAAGAGCUGGAAGACUCAGCUCAGCGCUGGGGACGUGAGAAGCAAGAUUUGGCCAUACGGCUGCAGGAGCAAGACCACGGCUUCGUCCACCCCUCUGGCUCUGUCAUCCUAGAUCCCCCUCCGCGGAAUACCUCCGUCCGCUCCAAGGACCUCCAGAGGCCCUCACAGCUGGAGGUUCGUCCCCUGGCCUCAGACACGAAACUCAACACAGCCCCGGAUGUCCAGCAGACCUGA